UUAGGGGCCAGUUUUAGAUAUCACAUUUCGCAUUCUCAAAGCGAGGCCAUUAAAACGCGGGAAAAUGAAGAAAAUGGGGAAUACCCUGCUGAAAGUGUUAACGCAAUCAGUCAGGAGCGCAGUCAUUCGCACUGCAACGAUCACGUCACUUUGUAAACAAACCCUCCAACUCAGGCCGAGUUUGAUCGAUCUGUUUUCGAUUAAUGGGUCAGUACGGGAGCUCGGUGAAGAGAAAUGCUGUGAUUCCGCCACGUCUUCUACAUGUAACUUCAAGCACGGUUCAGGAUGGGACCUCUGCCACACUCUGGAAGUGCAACAACGCUGCUCUCUGCCGCGAUAAUGUUGCUGCUAUUUUGUCAAAUGCAGAUACCGACAGUAACCGCCAUUUCUGAACAAAACCAAACGAAAAUACCGACUGAUCUUCAGCCAGCAGAUGCACACCGCUCUGACAACUCUUCAAGUCCAACGUCCUCUGCAGACAAACCUUCACGAGACUGCCCCCAUGAAGAGUUUUUACGAGACGGAAGCACGUGCAGCCCGUGCGCUAGGAUAUGCCCACCCUCCAUGUACAUUUCAACACCGUGCUCGGCCGAAAUGGACACCCAGUGUGCCUUCUGCCCGUCUUCAAAUGUCACACGCCUGAGUCUUUAUCCUGGUUGUCAAGAACGUCAUGGAGCAGAUAACACUUCGCCUGGUUUGAUAAACGGACUGAAGGAAAUGCUGACUUCAUACAAGGACAACUUCUAUAUUCUUGCUUCUUGUUUUGUCUUGUUCACUGUUAUCAUUUUGUUUUGUUAUUUGCGGGGGAAGUGCCGCACGUGCACUUACCUCUGCCAGUCAUGUAAAACUAACGCGACAGUUCCACCAGAAGCUCAUAUCAUGGUUGAGUAUAUAAACCCCGCUUUGUCAUCGUUAAGAGAAUGGCUAGGAGACCGCUUGGGUGAACCGGGUUUGACAAACGCUGCUGCAGACAGGAUCCUCUCAGUAGAAGACGCUAUCUCUGGAGCCAUUGAAGUAAAAGCUGUUGAAGAUGCAAGUGGCCAGGCAAUACAACCUGAUACAGUUAUCGCAGAUGUCACCAAACGUCAGCUGCCGUCUGUAUCUGACCAGUAUGUACAGAAAGUCGGUGAAUCGGAUGUGUCGUUUGUGAAAGCAUACCAUCCACCAACUUCCUCUGCUCCAAGACAGUCGGACACCUCCAAUGGUCAGUCGACCAACCGUCAGUCUGCACACGUGGCUUUCAACGAUCGGCCACAAGCCACCUCUGGUGACACGUACCAGAAUAUGACGUCUUACACCACUCCGAAGUCAAGGUCAUCAGGUCAGAGGUCAUGGAAUAGAGGUCAGUCAAGGUCAAGGUCUCACGUCAUAUUCAAUGACAUUUCAUGUUCCAAUACCGAAAGCGAGGGUGGUACGAGACUCAAGUCUAAAACUUCAGGAUUGACACUUGAUGACGGGAUCGCAGGAAAAGGGCUUCAUCCCGAUCUGCCUCGUCCCUGUGAAGCGUCAGAAGAAUUGUCUCCACAACAGAGAGAUUUACCGAUUUUACAUAAAUUCGACACUGGCGAUGUGUUUCACUAUUACUUAUCAGACUCAUCCGCUGCUAGUUCAACAAGAAGCAGCAUUAUCGGUGACCCCAGACUGAAUAUAAAAAAGGAUGUCGACCAGAGGUUGGUUCAAUGUAUCGAUGAUUUCGUAGAGGGGACCUUCAACCGAUAGUGAAGCUAUGUACGUAUGUAGACGGUGCCGAGUAGGUACAGAUCAUCUGACAAAAGAAGCUAUAUUCAAGCAAUGUAGGUGUGUGGACGGUGCCGAGUAGGUACAGAUCAUCUGACAAAAGAAGCUAUAUUCAAGCAAUGUAGGUGUGUGGACGGUGCCGAGUAGGUACAGAUCAUCUGACAAAAGAAGCUAUAUUCAAGCAAUGAAGGUGUGUGGACGGUGCCGAGUAGGUACAGAUCAUCUGACAAAAGAAGCUAUAUUCAAGCAAUGUAGGUGUGUGGACGGUGCCGAGUAGGUACAGAUCAUCUGACAAAAGAAGAUCUAUUCAAGCAAUGUAGGUGUGUGGACGGUGCCGAGUAGGUACAGAUCAUCUGACAAAAGAAGCUAUAUUCAAGCAAUGUAGGUGUGUGGACGGUGCCGAGUAGGUACAGAUCAUCUGACAAAAGAAGCUCUAUUCAAGCAAUGUAGGUGUGUGGACGGUGCCGAGUAGGUACAGAUCAUCUGACAAAAGAAGCUAUAUUCAAGCAUUGUAGGUGUGUGGACGGUGCCGAGUAGGUACAGAUCAUCUGACAAAAGAAGCUAUAUUCAAGCAAUGUAGGUGUGUGGACGGUGCCGAGUAGGUACAGAUCAUCUGACAAAAGAAGCUAUAUUCAAGCAAUGAAGGUUUGUGGACGGUGCCGAGUAGGUACAGAUCAUCUGACAAAAGAAGCUAUAUUCAAGCAAUGUAGGUGUGUAGACGGUGCCGAGUAGGUACAGAUCAUCUGACAAAAGAAGUUAUAUUUAAGCAAAGUAGGUGUGUGGACGGUGCCGAGUAGGUACAGAUCAUCUGACAAAAGAAGCUAUAUUCAAGCAUUGAAGGUGUGUGGACGGUGCCGAGUAGGUACAGUUCAUCUGACAAAAGAAGCUCUAUUCAAGCAAUGUAGGUGUGUGGACGGUGCCGAGUAGGUACAGAUCAUCUGACAAAAGAAGCUAUAUUCAAGCAAUGUAGGUGUGUGGACGGUGCCGAGUAGGUACAGAUCAUCUGACAAAAGAAGCUAUAUUCAAGCAAUGUAGGUGUGUGGACGGUGCCGAGUAGGUACAGAUCAUCUGACAAAAGAAGCUAU